AAGGCUGAUUUGGCAGCAGUCUGGGGAUCCUUUUUUUACUGGUCUUACUGCUCUUCAUGGAAGGAACAUCUAUUUUAAUGUUCAACUAAAGGGAACUGAGAGACAGGACACGACUUGGCUGUGUUUGUAAUCACAUCAUUAAAAUUCUCAGUUUCUCGGGAAUAUAGUUGGUAAUUUCCUGUUGUAUUUUCAGAUUCAAGGAGUGCUGUGUUUUGGUUGAUAACUCUUACAGAUUGUAGUUGGACCAAGUUGGUCCAGCCCUCCAGCUGUCAUGGAUUUUGGCAUUGGCUUUGGAGCAGACAGCCCAGCAACGCAGCAUUGUCUGUGAAUCACAAUCAUUUCACUUUGUUACCAAGGACAAAAGUUUUUAUAUGUCUUCUCUGGACCUAAAAGGAAGUAGUUUUACAAUAGAUUAUAUUUUUGUUUUUUUGUUUCUGCAAGAAAUAAGACACUUCUGCUGUAGGUUGUUCUUGGUUUUUUUAAAACGAUGUUUUCAAGGAAGCGUAAUUCUGACUUGGCACAGGAAAUGUGGUGUGGUUUUAAUAUCUGUGUGAGGAUGCAGAGACUCGCAGGAGCUCACAUUACAAUCUAACAGACCAGCUAGAUUGUCUCCACAGUCUUCACAAAGUGCCAGAACAUUUCUCCCGGUGGAGGCACAGUGACUCACUGAAAAGGAGAUAUUCUAUUGAUCAAAAUAACCUUGAGGUUAAAACUUGAUUAAUUCUGGAAAAAAAAAAAAAAAAAACACAGCAGUCAGUAGCACGUUCAUCUCAGAUUUCAGCCGGUUUUGUAUUGAAAGAUACUGUACCUGGUUAAAAUAGUUUUUCAUCAUUUGACAUGUGAGGACUGAUGGCAACCUACCUUUUGUUCUUGAAGGCAAUUUAAUUUGUUGCUAUUUUAUUUUUUCAGCUUGUUUUGAAUGGUUUUAUUCAUUACAGAUUAGAGGACUAAAACCACAAAGAAACAUUUAUUACCCAACAAAGGGAUGCACCACCAGAAGAUCACCGAAGAUGCAUACAGGCCCUUUUUUGAAGCUUUUGCUGACUUCACAAGUCUGGGAUAUACCUGUGAAUUACAGCCACCCACUUUGAGCAUUGAUUUUAAAGCACUUUCCUUUUAUUUAUGCCUGGAUAAGAUGUGUUUUCUGUAUUGUCAUCUUGCAGUUAUUCAGCCCUUCAUUUGAAGCCAGUCAUUUUCUAAGGCAUUGGAUAAGCAAGCCUGUACCUGCAGUGCAGUCGCUCUCAGAAGAACAGACAUUGUUGAACUAGUGUUGUGGAAGGCAUAACUAUUGGAAGGCAUGACUAUGGGGCAGGAGUUAUAAAGGCUAAUCUGACUUCAAAAGAUAGGAACAGAACAUUUCAGCGUUAAGUUUUAGAACAGUACAAGCAUAGUGGUACUAAAAAUGCUAAAUAACGUGUUGGAAAGAAACUAAACUUUUUAAAAAUGCGCUAACUGUUUUGAAUUAAAGAGAGGGAUUAUCCUAUAAUUUGGUUUAAAGGGUCAUACAGUUUUGUAAAUGUUUAAAACUACAUUUUAGGCUAUACCGUUUUCUGAAAGAGUGGCGUGAACAGCAUUUGUUUUUCUUUUUGCAAAUUCUAUGUAGUGGAAAGUUAAACAUUUUUGAAGUGGGUGCAGUAGUUUGCUUUUAAGUAUAAAAAAAGAAAAAAAAAACACUCUGGGAGUUUGUGCUUCACACACAAUAAAACUAAUAAUUUUCACGUCUGGAAGGUGAGAAUUUAGUUUAAUAUAUUGAUUUUAUAGGAUUUGGCAACUAAAAAUCUACUGUAAAACCUGGAAUAUAAGAAAUACUGUCUAUUGCUGCAUAUCCGUACUUUUAGUUUGAGAGUAGAACUUCUACUGUACUGAUUGCAUGUCAUUGGCGUGCUGAAACAAACUGAUGUCCAAAUAAGAAAUAGUGAAGUUCAUUAUAUGACAAGUGCAGUUAUAAAAUCAAUCAAUGCGAUACAAUGUCCAAAUGUUGUUUAUAUGUAGGCUAUUAAAAAGGGACUGUACUGUAUAUAAGGCAAGGUUUUCUUUAGGUAAGCAAUUGUUGUUUGGAAAGCUAAAGUCAACCUUGUGGCUAUUUCCUUGGUUGGAAGCAGGAGGAAGAAGCUUAGUUUGUUUGUUGUCAAUUUGUGUUUCUGUGACAACUCGCAACCUGGGACUAAUUGGAAGCACCUCUCAAUGUUUCCAAGGAAACGGCUCUUGUGUCCAGGAAAAAUGACAGCUGUCCGACUUCUGAGUAUUUGAACAAAGAUAUCUGUGAAAAUCUAAGAACGUUCAAAGGGAGCCGGGGGUUGCUGUGCAUCUCUGAAGAUUGCGCUACAGAGCCCGAGUACAGGAGGAGCGAGCCUCCCUCUCACUGCCCUCCUGACAGUCCUGGUUGUUGGCUGUAGCCAUGCAGGGCAAUAAUGUGGGUAGUGGGCUGGCUGUCAUCGAGUCAGAGGAACAAUACGAACACCCCGUGCAGAGGGCAUCCUACAGCGCGGGCUUUGACCCUGUUGAUGGAGGUGGUUAUGAUGCCGUUAUUAACAAUGCUCCAGUACCCACCCCUGGGGUACAGGACUCCAGGACCCAGUACGGGACCCUUCGGCAGAGCUGGGAGAUGAACUACCAGGAGGCUGCUAUAUACCUGCAGGAAGGUGCGAACAAUGACAAGUUUUUCACUCACCCCAGGAACCCCAAGGCGCUGGCCGCCUACCUGUUUGCUCACAACCACCUGUUCUACAUGAUGGAGCUGGUGACAGGGCUGCUGCUGAUGGUGCUGUCACUGUGCGAGGCCCCUGCAGUGCCCACACUGCGCCUCGACAUCUACAUCCACACCACACUCGAGCUGCUUGCGCUGGUGAUGGUGGCAUUUGAGCUGUGUAUGAAACUGCGCUGGCUGGGCUUCCGGACCUUCAUCAGACACAAGAGGACGAUGGUCAAGACCUGUGUGCUGCUGCUGCAGUUUGUGGAGGCGAUCGUAGUGCUGGUCAGACAGUUGUCCCACAUGCGUGUGACGCGAGCCCUGAGGCCCAUCUUCCUGGUGGACUGUAGAUACUGCGGCGCAGUCCGGAGGAAUCUGCGUCAGAUUUUCCAGUCUCUUCCUCCUUUCAUUGAUAUUCUGCUACUGUUGCUGUUUUUCAUGGUAAUAUUUGCCAUUUUAGGAUUCUGUUUGUUUUCUCAAAAUCCAUCAGACCCAUAUUUCAACACUUUGGAAAACAGCAUUGUCAGUCUGUUUGUCCUCCUGACCACUGCAAAUUUUCCAGAUGUGAUGAUGCCAGCCUAUUCCAGGAAUCCCUGGUCCUGUGUGUUCUUCAUUGUGUAUCUAUCUAUAGAACUCUACUUCAUCAUGAACCUACUCCUUGCUGUGGUAUUCGACACCUUUAACGGAGUAGAAAAGAUGAAAUUUAAAUCCCUACUUCUGCACAAGCGAUCAGCAGUCGAUCAUGCCUUCAAGCUUCUGGUUAGCAAACAGAGGCCCACUGGGGUUUCCUUCAAGCAGUUUGACGGGCUGAUGAGGUUUUACCGGCCACAGAUGAGUGCUAGAGACCGCUACCUGACCUUCAAGGCACUCAACCGCUCCAGCACUCCAAUACUCAGCUUGCAGGAUUUUUACAGCUUCUAUGCAGUUACAGGCUUGAAAUGGAAGGCCAGAAGAAGUGGAGAGCACUGGUUUGAUGACUUCCCACACACCACUUUUUUAAUUUUCAAAGGCAUUUAUAUUCUUGUGAAAUCCAAAGCCUUCCAAUAUGCAAUGUAUGUCAUAGUUGCAGUAAAUGGAAUGUGGAUCCUAGUGCAAACAUUCAUGAUGAAGGAUGGAAGCUUCUCAGCAGGAAAUGUUCCCUGGAGUUACAUUUUGUUCCUCACAAUUUAUGGAGUGGAGAUGUUGUUAAAAAUCACAGGACUGGGGCCCCUUGAAUAUUUCAGCUCUGGGUGGAACCUGUUUGAUUUUUCAGUGACACUCUUCGCCUUUCUUGGCCUCAUCGUCCUGGCGUUUGAUAUGGAGCCUUUCUACUUCAUCGUGGUGCUCAGGCCUCUUCAGCUCUUGCGGCUGUUUAAAAUCAAGCUGAGGUAUCGCAAUGUUCUCGAUACCAUGUUCGAACUGCUUCCUAGAAUGGCCAGUUUGGGGCUGACCCUUAUUAUCUUCUAUUACUCCUUUGCCAUUGUGGGGAUGGAGUUCUUUGUUGGCGUCGUCUAUCCAAACUGCUGCAACACUAGCACAGUGGCAGACUCAUACCGCCUGCUCAACUACACUGUGGGGAACCGCACUGUGGUGGAGGAGGGCUACUACUAUCUCAACAACUUCAACAACAUCCUCAACAGCUUCGUAACAUUGUUUGAGCUUACUGUGGUAAACAAUUGGUAUAUCACUAUGGAAGGAGUGACAUCACAGACCUCUCGCUGGAGCCGCAUGUACUUCAUGACCUUCUACAUCGUCACCAUGGUGGUGAUGACUAUAAUCGUGGCCUUCAUUCUUGACGCCUUUGUGUUCAGGAUGAACUACAGCAGACAGAAAAGGGACACUGAAGAAGAGGAGAACGGCAUUGUGUUUGAGACGGAGGUGUCAAAAGAGGAGCUAGGCACUGUGCUGGAGCUCUACAAGCAGACCUGCGCUGCAGCCUCCAGCAUCUCCUCUCUGCAGGGGGUGCUCUUCGCCAUGGACAGGAAUGGGCACACCUCGUCGGUGUUCCUUGGACGAAGAUCCAGGACGAAGAGUGAUUUAAGUAUGAGAAUGUACGAGGAGGAGAUACAGGAGUGGUAUACAGAGUAUUCGCAGGACAGUGGCUGCUCUCGGCUGGAGAGACAGUUGGAGAGCCUGCAGUCUUCAGUCAACCAGCCUUCUCCUGAUCCUGUGCGGCUGCGCUCUCAGACUGUCAGCUAGGCCAGACUGCCUGUUGCCUUCCUGCUAUGUGCAACUAACAGGACCAAAAUAACCCAUUGGGAGCACCCGGGCUCUGCUCCACCCACCCCACGCACCCUGGAUCAUUUGAUUUAUAAAUAAAACAUACGCCUGUAUACAGUAACAUCAUGGCUUCAGAGUAAAACUUUUUUUCCACUGGAUUUCUACUGGCAGUGCAAAAGUAACUUCCAUUAGGGGGGGGACCAGGAGGAGAGGAACUGAAGACUUGCACUGCAAAAUGGCGGAGAAACUUCACCACGGAAGCAGUGUCCUAAUGGAUUUCAUACAGCGUACUUCAUCACCACAACCAUCCUGUUCUUAUAAGAGAAGGCUUCAGUGCUGGGCAGAAAAGCCAUCAGUCCUCCACAUCCCCUUGAUUUAGUUCAGCUUGCUGUAGUUGCUGUUUCUUAGGGCUUUGGCAUUAGGGUCCUGUCUCCCAUGCCUUGCCAGCAGAUGAGAUCACACUAAGGACCAUAGUUGGUAUUUUAUUAAGGUAACUAAAGUGUUUAAUCUUAGUCAUGUGAUUUAUCGAUUUAAUCACAUAUUUCAUAACUUCCAUAGAAUAUGGAAUUAUAAUAAUAGUGAACCGCAAAAAAUAUUCAGUAAAAUAAUGCUCUAAAACGUCACAUAAUCACAGAUGUUUAAUUAAUGCAGCAUUUCAGUAUUCAAAUUAUUCAAAAAUGUGAACCACCCGUUACGGAGGAGGGGCCGUGUUGAUGCUAGAUAUCGAUGUUCAGAUGCUUCACUUUUAGUUUUUAUUAAGUAGAUUGAAUUAAUUUUAAAAACACAAUGCAGACAAUGGCAGUGUGAAAAAUAACAAUCCAAAAGAACACCUUAAAAGGGUGAUGACCAAGGCUUUCAAAAGAUGUUCUCACCUUCCGUUAAUUACAACAGCAUGUUUCCAUGGCCUUUACAACUUUGCUGUUGUUUUCCAGACCUUUCUUAUUGAAGCUCAUUUAUCCUGCACAACACAACCGGUUAGAUUGAACUUUCCUCUGCCCGUUCACUGCCUGUGUCACAGGUGAUGUGGCCUCAUCUGGCCCACAUCAUUUCCUAUGUGCAGCAUAGAAAUUAGGACCUUAUUUUUGUCACAAAUUGGUUAAAUCAAACAUAAGAAAGUACCCAUCCAUGCUAAGAAACAUCUAACCGGUUUGAGAAGUAAAAUUUGUACACAGUUUAGAUGCAACAAAAUGAAAAUGUUUUAAUCAGUGCUAUUCAUUAUAACACCAGAAUCUUUGUAAUUGUUUUUCUCUUGGCAAUCAACAUUCAGAUGUCUGUUUGCCACGCUGAGACGACUUGUCUUUGUUUUCCUCAUGAUAAAGGUUGAGCUCUUCAAGACAUUGAUUUCAUGCUCUGUACCUUUCUGAAGUUUGAUUGUGGGUCUCCAACAACAACAAAAUAGAAUAGCCCUUUUGUUCCAGGUAUCUUUUAAAGCUGCCACUACCACUAUGUCAGAGUUUAAUGUGAGGCAUUUUCAGCUUCACUAAACUAUUUACAUGCAGAACAAGAAGAGCCUGGUUAGGGUACAAAAUACAGUAUCUCAGCAGUCUUCUCACAAGCUUUAUUUAUUAACACAAAAUAACCACGUAUUUCCUCUUUUUU